AACAAGAAGUUUUUGUUUUAGUACGCUUUCCAGUCUCAGUCCCUUUCUAACAUUAAGCCUCUUUUCAGAAAUGCAGAGAGAAACGUGAAGGAAUAGGAACCGCCAGUCACCGACGUGAGCUGUAAAGCGCGGUCUGCAAGCUCUGAGUUUUGCCGGUUCUUUCUCGGCCAUGUUCCUCUCUCUGAAAACUCUUCUUCCUGGUGCUCUGGAAAACUGACUCUCCUGUUGGUGCUGCCUUGUGUGGGAAACCGCUUCGAGAGUAUGUUUCACCUGGUUCUGCCAGUAUUUGAAUAGCCGUAGAAAGCUAAUGACUGUGUUAAGAGAAACAAUUUUAUAUUAAGGAGGGAGAUGUUUUGGUUCUGCGCGCAACGAGAACGUGUUUUUAGAGGAGAGACCGGUCACUGAAAGCACUGAGACGUGCACAGGCUUCGGGCGCUUAAUUUUUCCUGUGAAAACAUUUUUUCCCCUUAAAAGGAAGAUGUAGGUCCUGCCACUGGGAGUGACUGUUUAGAAAGUCAGUUGUGAGGAAUGCGCAUCAGCUGAACUGAGUCAGGCCGCUUGUAUUAACAGCUCCUUCCAAACAGCCCUUCUCGUCCUUGCCACGGGCUCGGCAGGGGAGCUGCUUACAACGAGACUAUCAAAGAGAGGGCAAACCAAUCGAACUGAAGCGGCCGUUGUUUUUGAACUCUUUGGUGUUGAGGCGAGUUCAGCAGUUACUGCUGGAUUCAGCACGGGUCCGGUGUGUUUGCACAGUCCUCCGGAGCGAGGGCGGUCUUGCAGGCCCGCAGAGCGACAGACGGAGCCGUCAGACCCACGGCAGCGCGGGCGUGGGGCUAAGUGAGAAAAGCCACAUGCGUGAGACUGCCUGGCAUCGCAUUAAGGGCAUCUGGGUGCAGGGAGCGACGGUAUUCGGUUGACCAUGGAGAGCGCUCUGACAGCCCGCGACCGCGUGGGGGUGCAGGAUUUUGUCCUGCUUGAGAACUUCACCAGCGAAGCAGCUUUUAUUGAAAAUCUACGUAAGCGAUUCAAGGAGAAUCUGAUUUAUACAUACAUUGGCUCGGUUCUGGUGUCUGUCAAUCCAUACAAGGAAUUGGAAAUCUACAGCAAACAGCACAUGGAGCGAUACCGCGGGGUCAGCUUCUAUGAAGUUUCUCCUCACCUCUAUGCUAUUGCAGACAAUUCAUAUCGCUCCCUACGUAUGGAGAGGAAGGAUCAGUGUAUUCUGAUAUCUGGGGAGAGCGGAGCUGGCAAAACUGAGGCCACCAAGAAGAUCCUGCAGUAUUACGCUGUGACCUGCCCAGCCAGUCAGCAGGUCGAAACAGUGAAAGACCGCCUAUUACAAUCCAAUCCAGUCCUAGAGGCUUUUGGAAAUGCAAAAACCCUUCGGAAUGAUAACUCCAGCCGAUUUGGAAAAUACAUGGAUGUGCAGUUUGAUUACAGGGGGGCACCUGUUGGGGGCCACAUCUUGAACUACCUCCUGGAAAAGUCUCGAGUCGUGCACCAGAGUCACGGAGAGAGGAACUUCCACAUUUUCUACCAGCUGCUAGAAGGAGGGGAAGAGGACUUACUGCGAAGGCUAGGCCUUGAAAAGAGUCCACAACAGUACCAUUACCUAGUAAAGGGUCAGUGUGCCAGGGUCAGUUCCAUAAAUGAUAAAAAUGAUUGGAAGAUUGUGAGACGGGCCUUGACCGUUAUAAGCUUCAAUGACAACGAGGUGGAGGAUUUGCUGAGCAUUGUGGCUAGCGUUCUGCAUCUGGGGAACGUGCAGUUUGCUGCUGAUGAACAAGGAAACGCCCAGGUGACUACAGAGAACCAGAUUAAAUAUCUGGCUAGGCUUCUGGCAGUUGAGGGCUCUGUUCUUCGAGAUUCAUUGAUUCACAAGAAGAUCAUAGCAAAAGGGGAAGAGUUAAUCAGUCCUCUGAACCUGGAGCAAGCAGCCUAUGCAAGGGAUGCUCUUGCUAAAGCAAUAUAUGGACGCACUUUCUCCUGGCUGGUGAACAAGGUUAACAAGUCUCUUGCUUACAAGGAGGGAGAGUUUCCAGGCUGGAGAAGUACAACAGUUCUAGGGUUGCUUGAUAUCUAUGGAUUUGAGGUUUUCCAGCACAACAGCUUUGAGCAAUUUUGUAUUAAUUACUGUAAUGAAAAAUUGCAGCAGCUCUUCAUAGAGCUCACAUUAAAGUCGGAACAAGAGGAAUACGAGUCAGAAGGCAUAGCGUGGGAACCAGUUCAGUAUUUCAAUAACAAAAUCAUUUGUGAUUUAGUAGAAGAGAAAUUCAAAGGCAUCAUUUCUAUUUUGGAUGAAGAGUGUCUGAGACCUGGGGAUGCCACAGAUGCAACGUUCUUGGAGAAACUUGAGGAAACUGUGAAGAAUCACCCUCAUUUUCUCACGCACAAGCUCGCUGACCAAAAGACUCGCAAGUCCCUGGGGCGGGAAGAGUUCCGCCUUUUGCACUAUGCUGGAGAGGUCACCUACAGUGUUGCAGGUUUUCUAGAUAAAAACAAUGACCUUCUCUUUCGGAACCUGAAGGAGACCAUGUGCAACUCUGAGAAUCCUAUCAUAAAUCAGUGUUUUGACAGGACAGAGCUGACGGACAAAAAGAGACCUGAAACGGCAGCAACUCAGUUUAAAAACAGCCUCUCCAAACUCAUGGAAAUUCUGAUGUCCAAAGAGCCAUCAUACAUUCGCUGCAUUAAACCUAACGACGCUAAACAGGCUGAUCGAUUUGAUGAAGUUUUAAUCCGACAUCAGGUGAAAUACCUGGGCUUGAUGGAGAACCUGCGAGUGCGCAGAGCUGGGUUUGCGUACCGAAGGAAAUACGAAGUUUUCUUGCAGAGGUACAAAUCACUCUGUCCAGAAACAUGGCCUACGUGGGAUGGACGGCCCCAUGAUGGAGUGGCUGUGCUGGUGAAGCAUCUUGGCUACAAACCAGAAGAAUACAAAAUGGGACGAACAAAGAUUUUUAUCCGCUUUCCCAAGACUUUGUUUGCAACGGAAGAUGCUCUGGAAGUGAGGAAGCAGAGUCUUGCAACAAAAAUGCAAGCCACAUGGAGAGGUUUCUACCGGCGGAAGAAGUUCUUGCACAUGAAACACUCAGCAAUAACUAUCCAGUCAUGGUGGCGGGGAACCUUGGGACGCCGAAAAGCUGCCAAAAAGAAGUGGGCCGUAGAGACUAUUAGGAGGUUCAUUAAAGGUUUUAUUUACCGGAACUACCCUCGCUGCCCAGAGAAUGAGUAUUUCCUUGAUUACAUCCGCUUUUCCUUCCUGAUGAACCUUAAGCGUAAUUUACCAAAGAAUGUUUUGGACAAAUCAUGGCCAACUCCUCCUCCGUCGCUCUGUGAGGCAUCCCAGCUCCUGAGACAGUUAUGCAUGCAGAACAUGGUCUGGAGCUACUGCAAGAGAAUCAGCCCAGAGUGGAAGCAGCAGCUGGAACAAAAAGUGAUUGCCAGUGAGAUUUUUAAGGGUAAAAAAGACAAUUAUCCUCAGAGCGUUCCUAGACUCUUCAUCAACACUCGCCUUGGUAAUGAGGAAAUAAAUGCUAAAGUCCUUCAGGCUUUAGAAAAUGAGGCAAUUAAGUAUGCAGUCCCUGUGAUCAAGUAUGACCGGAAAGGAUACAAAGCAAGAGCACGGCAGCUGCUUCUUACCCAGAAUGCAGUCAUCAUAGUUGAAGAAUCCAAAAUCAAACAACGGAUCGACUACGCCAAUCUGACAGGCAUCUCCGUCAGCAGCCUGAGCGACAACUUGUUUGUGCUACAUGUGCACUGUGAGGAUAACAAGCAGAAGGGAGACGUUGUGCUUCAGAGCGACCAUGUGAUUGAGACACUAACCAAAACAGCGAUGCGUGCGGACAAAGUCAAUAACGUCAACAUCAAUCAGGGCAGCAUAAAAUUUACAGUUGGGCAAGGCAAGGAAGGAAUAAUUGACUUUAUAUCAGGAUCAGAACUGCUUAUAGCCAAAGCCAAGAAUGGCCAUCUAACUGUGGUUGCUCCUCGUUUGAAUUCUCGAUGAUAAAACAUGCCACCAAUACAGGACCUUUUCCUCUAUCAGUCCAACUGCACCCUGUACAAAUAGCUGGACAUUGUUCCCAGCAAAAUCCUCCUUCCUCGCUUUGCUCAUUUUGUUUAUCGUUACCAAAGACCUGCACUUUGGGGGGAGGGGGGAAAGAAAAACACCACACAAAAUAGAUCUUGCUUUCUUGUCUUAAUAUGAAAGUUCCAAAAGAAAGGCCUUCUCUUCCUUACCUUAGUGGCAAAGGCACAGGUCCAAGGCAAUGUCUGUGAAACCAUGGCUCAUGAAACUCAUGUAUUCAGCCAGGCUUUGAGGGAGAUAGUUCUGACUCCACUAGAGUUUAAGCUCUGAUGGAAAUGACCAAAAUUUGUGCUUCUAUUAUCAGUCCAAAAAAAAAAAAAAAA